CUCCCAACUUGCCACUUCUUCAUAUCUGCUUUAGUCCACCGAUAUCAAAAAUCGGGAAGGUGCCGAUAUCAAAAUCAAAGGAGAUAAGAAGACGGGAAAGCCAUGUCUCCACGCAUCAAGGUCCAAUCAUCUUCUCCUCCAACAUUAGGUCCCCUUCUGAUGGAGCAACGGGAUAGCCCUGUCUCUAGCAAGAGCGGCGACGGCGGCAGCUCUGUCUUCAGCAGUGGUGGCGGCCUUAUCUUCAGCAUUGGCGGUGGAGGUCGUGUCUCUAGUAGUGUCGGUGAUGUUGGCUCAGCCUCCAAGAACGGCGGCGACAGUGGUGGUGGUGACUUCGUUGUCCACCCAAUUCAUGACCAGACAAUGUUUUUGUGUUCGGAGCACAAAAGAAAACUUAAAAAGGAAUAUGGCAUUGAACCAUGGACAUUUGUUCAAGGACUUGGAGAUGCUGUGUUUAUUCCUGCAGGGUGUCCACAUCAAGUGCGAAAUUUGAAGUCCUGUAUAAAAGUUGCCCUUGAUUUUGUCUCACCUGAGAAUGUUGGGGAGUGUAUUCGAAUGACGGAGGAGUUCCGCCUGCUCCCUCCAAACCAUCGGGCUAAGGAAGAUAAACUGGAGGUGAAGAAGAUGACACUGUAUGCUAUCAAAGAGGCUUUGAAAGUUUUGGGUCAGGAUAUUGCGCCAGAGAGCAAAACAGAGGAACCAAAACUCGACAAAUCCAAAUCCGCUAAGUCCAGAAAAGCCAAAAAGUCCAGAAAAUAGAUUGAUUCUAUAGAUCAGAAAAUAGUUGCAGUCAGGGGCGUUUGUGGCAUGUAUUGGUUUGAAGCUUCCGUACGUGUGUUUCUUUCAGCACUUUUAUCAUCUCAAUCUACGGAGACGAGUAUCCUUUCUUUUGUCUUUAAAACUCAGUAUGCAAUGCUGCAAAGAAAUUAACAAUGCAUUACUGUAAACACUGAGAAAAU